AAUCGGCAUUCAACGGAUCAGUUGGUUUCCCAGGAUUUUGUUUACAUAGAACUUUCGUGAAACUUUGUCCGAAUUAACACUUUUCCUGGUAAUUUUCACUUAAGCUUUUGCUUAAACUCGGCAAUUAUUUACCGUGUCAACAAUAAGUUAAAGUUGUGAAUGGCUGGAAGGUCCAUGUUUAGGCAAUUUGAUGAGGACCCGUUUUUUGCCGAUCACAGGGAUCACCUGAGGCAGAUGGAAGACAUGUUCCAGAGCCCUUUCAGGGGUCUUGGUGCCCUGGAAGAUGGCGGAGGACGUCGUGGUGGCAGGGACAGAGGAGCCGCUGGGGCGUCUAAUGAACUCGCCCCUUUCAGUGACUUUGGAUUCGGGAACAUUUUUGGAAACGUUUCAAAAAUGAUGGAAGAUAUGAACAGAGGCUUUUCUGAGGCGGUCCAGAGAGCUGGCAAUGGUGCAAACGGGGCAGCCUUCCACCAGGCUUCCUUUAUGUCCUACAGGAACGACGGCCAGGGACCUCCAAAGGUGUUCCAGGCUUCAACAGCAUCCAAAUUUGGACCAGGAGGGGUUCGUGAAACAAGAAAGUCCCUGCGUGACUCAGAGCGUGAGCUGGAGAAGAUGUCCAUCGGUCACCACAUCCACGAUCGAGGUCAUGAGGUGGAGAAACACCGGAACACGCGGUCUGGACGCACUGAGGAACUGCAGAACUACCAUAACCUUGAUGAAAAGGAUGCAGAGGCAUUUGAUCAGGAAUGGCGCAACAAAACACGCACCGCCUUCAAGGGUCUGGAGGACGUUGAGCGUAGGGGAGGUAACCUGAGAGAGAUCAGGGACCGCAGAUAUGAAGAUGAGUAUCCAUCGGAUAGGGACAGGCGUCAGAGUGACAGACGAGAACGUGGUGGAGAGAAACAACUGGCUCUCCCUGCCCCUAGGGCCCCAACAGGAAAUGAUGCCAGGUCCCCAACAGGAAGUGAGGCGAGGGGGUCAGAGCACUGGGGCCGCUCUCGAGGCCGUGAGAGGAGCUAAACAGCCACAGGUUUUAUGAUAUGGCUACACCUUCAACGAUGACAAUUAUGGACUGUAAAACACAGAAAAAAAAAAAAACAACUUUUGGUUUUCUUUACUAAUCUUUUUAAUUUUAUUUUUCUAUAAUGUGUUGUUAACUUCAAGUAUGUUUGGAGUUUUUAUUAAUUGUUAUUUUUUUUAAUACUUAAAGCACAAUAUAAAAUGUUCAGCAUAGUUGUCUUAAUAAUUUCUGUUUCCAGUAACAAAGGGUUUGUUUUGGCUUGGAUAAUGUGUCAACUUUAAGACUUCAAAUAUAUUUGGAGUUGUAUUAAUUGCGUUAUUGUUUGGUGAAAUGUGUUGUAAUUCAAUUGUCAGUACUGUUUGCUAAUCAAUAUUGUUGUUUAUGUUAUAUACCAGGUUGUGAAUUUAUAUUAAAAUAUUAGUUGUUUUGUUAGUUGUUAUGCUUCUAGCACAGUUCUGUACUACACUUGAUUUGUUUACUGGUACUGGUAUAUACUGAUGGGACAUAUUUUUUCACAUGUAUUAAUCCUAUGUUCAUAAUUUUAAUGGUGGGGACUUAUAAAAUUAACUAUUAUAUUCAAUUUCAAGUGUAAACAUCUUCAGUGUCUACAGUCUGUGCAGAAAAAGACAAUUCCUGUUAAAAACUGUGAUAUCUGUGUUUGAAUUCAUUUUAUGUUUGUAUCAUACAUGUAGUUGAUUAUGAACCAGAAUCUUUAUACGAGAGGCGUAUAGUGAAAUGGGGUUCGUUAAACUGGACUUAAUGAAAUUGUGCAAAGUUCCAUCUUGUCAACAGAGCACUAUGUUUUGUUAGUUGUUUUCCGGUACUUUUGUGUUUAUCUCAUUCUUUUUUCAAUAUAUUUUUUUUGUUUAAUCAUAUCUUGUUUUAUGUUGAUCUUGUUAUAGUUAUAUUUGCAAGCCAUAUUUUGCCAUAUUUUGAUUGUUGAUCAGUUUGGUUUUUGAGUCUUGAUUAUAAGGAGAUCUCAAAGAAUCAGAGGAUGGUAUUGUGAUAAUCCGUUAUUAUGUUUGUAUGAUCAUUUUUUACUGUAUCUUUAAUAUGUAAAAAAAAACAGAAAUAGCAUUUAAUGGGAGGUGUGGGUAUUUUUUUUUUUACCUGUUAAUGCUGAUCUUGGAUUAGGUCCCUUUUUACUGCAUUGACAGAAUAUUUGAAGGCUUUAAAUUUCUAGUUUUAUUCUCUGUAAGUUGUUGUGGUCUAGACUUAUUGUACCAUAUUUUUGUUAUUUCAACCAACAAUUUUGUCACUAUUUUCUACCGAAACUUCCAUAACUUCUGCUAAGCAAUAUGGACAAAUAUUUUGCAGCAAUUUGAUUCAAAUUUUAUUUUGGCCAAAGCGUUAUACACUUAAUGCAUAUUUUAUAUAAACAGGGCCAUUUCUUAUGUACAAUAUGUUAUUGUAUAUUAUGUUUAGGUAAAUAUUCCGAUUUAUUAAAGCUCAUUAUAAAAACACUUUUUAGUAUAAUAUCACUUGAAAUCCGUCACAAUUCGGCAAAGUUUUUAUACAAGUAAUUUACGUACGCAUAAAUAUAUUUUUAGGAUAAAAAAUUCUUCUAAAUGCAACAGAAAUAUAUGUAUUAAUAUAAACAGUAUGUACAUUUGCCUAUUGAGUUAUUAAUGUGGUUUUGCUUUUUCGUGUGGAACAUAAACGUGUAACGUAUAAUUGUUUCCCUAUAUAAACAUUAGACAUUGUGAUUUGCAACUUAUAAUAUAUUCUUUAUAAAAUGGGUAUUUAAUUAAAUUUUGUAAAUGACAAUAUAAAUAUUAUUUCGGAAAUCUUUAAUAUCUAGCCAAAAUCUGGCCUAGUUUGGCAUAACUUCCUUAACUUUGCCUAAAUGUCCGAAGUUUAUAUUGUAAAUCACCAGAACUUCUAUAUAUAUGACGUAAAAUUAGUUCUACAUGCUUUUUGCAUAUGUCGAAUAAAUUUAAACUGUAUCAGAAAAUAUGGCUUGCAACUUUAUUGUUCACUGCUUGAUAUUUCUCUGUAAUGGUUUUGAUAUAGUGUGAUCUGCACUUGUUUGUACACUUUCAUGUACUCUUAACUGUAUAUAUGUCUUUGUACAAAUAAAAUUAGAAUAAAUUAUAA